CAGUCGAGACAGAGGAGGGCGCGUGCGCUGAGGCCCUUGAAGAAUCCCCACCCGGAUCCCGCUCGAUCAUAUGGUUCCGCAGAGCAGACAUCAUACAAAAAAUAUAGCAUACGAAAAUGAGACGGCAGUGAUCUAUUCUGCGACUUCCACCCGCUGCAGAGUGAAAUCGAAGGGGCCGCGGGAGGAAAUGCGCGAAUUUGGCACGGAACAGUGAGCACCAAAGAGGAAGAUGUCAAGAAGCAAUAGCCGCCGAAAGCCUUUGGACAGCAGGGCCAGCAGGUACGCCGGCGUCCCUGGCAGCUCCAAGCACCAGCAGAUCGAAAUCAUCGUCGAGACCUUGUCAGGGACGGCCUUCGAAAUGACCGCCUCGCCCUCCGAGACGCUGCUUUCCAUAAAAUCGAAGAUCCAACACGUCGAGGGAAUUCCAGUAGCCCACCAGCACCUAAUCCACAAUCUCAAAGAGUUACAAAACGACACAGCAACCCUUUCUGAGUGCGGCCUGAAAAAUGGCUCUAAACUGAAACUGGUGUUGUCUCUUCGAGGCGGACCGAUUUCGACUCGUCGAAUACCAGUUCUCACAUGCAGUGGAGACGACUUUGAGCAAGAUUUCGAGCCUGUUCCUUCUGGCAGCCACAUAGUGCUGCUGACGCAAGAAGGAGAGUACCUGAGUUUGCUGAAGAUGGUGAAAAACGAGGAUGGUAGUUUUUCACCUCUCAAGGAAGACUGGCCUAGUCCUGAGUUACUGCUGGAGAACAAUGUGAGCGAUUUUGGGGCCGACCAGCGUUUGCCUUUGAUCAUGCCUGCUCCUUUGACUGAUACUCGAGAAGUGCAAAAUGCAAUCACAAGGAGCAAAAUCGAGGACCUGAAGCAAAGAAUUGAAAAACUCUCCAUAAAGAAAAAGACAAAAACUCUGCAGUUGCUCUCUCAGCAGCCAGAAGUUGCGUCUGAAAGUGACUUGAACAGGAAACCUUUGCUGCCGCCAAUCUCAACCCAGAAGCCACCAAACGACUGUCCGGACCCAUUGGCAAGCCCCACAUUCGUCAAGCAAAUCCACCUAAACCACUUUGUCCUUGACAAUCGACCUCGGACAAGCCCGGAGACACUGUACGUGGUGGGGCACAACUUGAAUCAGGCUGUCCAGAAGGAGGCCAAGGACAUGUGUCGGUUGCUGGGAGAGGUGCGUCGACGACAAUGGACUAAAGCGUCUACAUCGGAGCCACAGCCUGCUCAGCCGCCGCCACCGGCCAAGAAAAGAUGCAAUGUGUGUCGACGUCGACUGAACAUCACCAAUAGCCAUACGUGCCGGUGCUCUGGAAUCUUCUGCGCGAGCCACCGCUACGCCGAAACCCACGACUGCUCAUUUGACUACAAAGCAGAAGGGCGCAAGUACCUCAGCCAGACAAACCCCUUGGUUGUUUUACCCAAACUGCCCAAAAUUUAGUCCCUGCCGAAUCAGGUUCUGUGACUUCCUCGACUAUUCUAAAGUUUGAAACUCUUCUCUUUAUUAAUUCGUAAGGAUUGUUAUUCACCUUUGUGUUGCUUUGAGAUUUGAUUAUGUAUUAACAUUUAACAGGAGCUUCUUGCUUGUCAAAUCAAUAAUUUUGAGUGAUAUUUUUGGAUUGAGAGCACUUAUUAUGAGAUUAUUCCAAUUUAAUGCAUUAUACCUAGUAUUAUAUAUAUUAUACUUUUUUCAUGCUAAUUGCAUUUUUGAUUCAAAUUCGUCUCACAAAACAUAAUAAAAGUCUAACUCGUAUGGCACCACGUAGAACAACGAAAGAAAAAUGCUACAAGGCAACAGUUAAGCUCAACUGCAAUUACAUUAAUUGCCACCAACAAAUAACCGCAUAUAUCACCAAUGUAGUCCUUCUCUGAAUGUGUCUUGGAAAUGUCUAUUGCAUUAGAUCAAUAAAUUAAUAUACAGAUUAAUAGGCGUAUAUAAUAAUUAAUAUUCUGAUGAAUCAUGAGCAAUGCGUAAUAUAUAUAUAUUGACUAGUGGUUGUUGAAUUGAGCCGCUUCAACCAAUCUGUUCCUGCUCUAUUUUAAUGUGAUUAUACACCUUUACGUGUUUAAUGUUGUUUAAGGUUUUUCUGUUCAAUAAACAUAUGCAAAAAUAUGGUAUCAAACGUUUUAAUUCAA